CCACUUCACUCCCUUCACAACCAAGCAUUGAUUCAUUCCCACUAAACAAAAAAAUAAAGAAAAAUUUACCAAAAUGCCUUCUUCUUCCACCACCAUAGUCUCCAAAUGCGUGAUCCACCCCGACCAGAAAUCAAACAUGAAACCCUUGAGACUCUCUGUUUCUGACCUUCCAAUGUUGUCGUGUCACUACAUCCAAAAGGGCGUGUUACUAACCGCUCCGCCCUCGUCUUUCGAGGAUAUGAUACUCUCUUUUAAACACUCUCUUUCUAUCGCGCUCUCUCACUUUCCGGCUCUUGCGGGAAGGUUAGAGACAGAUUCUCAUGGUUAUGUUAAUAUUGUCUGUAACGACGCUGGCGUGGAUUUUAUCCAUGCUAAAGCAAAACACCUGACUCUGAACGCCGUCGUUUCACCGUCUCUCGUUGAUGUUCACCCUUGCUUCAAGGAGGAGUUUUUCGCUUACGACAUGACAAUCUCCUACGCCGGCCACAACACCCCCCUCGCCGCCGUCCAGGUGACGGAACUCGCCGACGGCGUCUUCGUCGGCUGCACCGUCAACCACUCCGUCACCGACGGCACCUCGUUCUGGCACUUCUUCAACACGUUCGCCGCCGUCACCAAAGGCGGGUCCGCCAAGAAACUCCUCCGCGCGCCGGACUUCACGAGGGAAACCGUCUUCAACUCCGCCGCCGUCCUCCCCGUCCCCUCCGGCGGCCCCACCGUCACCUUCGACGCCAACGAGCCUCUCCGGGAACGCGUCUUCCACUUCUCCCGCGAAGCCAUUCAGAAACUCAAACAACGAGCCAACAACACUGUCAACAACAAGGAACUAACGGAAGUUAUGGGAAAACAUGUAAAUGACGGUUGGAAAGUCGUUAACGGUAACGGUAACUGUAACGGAAUGAUUAACGGUAACGGAAGAAACGAGAUCUCGUCGUUUCAGUCGUUAUCUGCUCAGCUCUGGAGAGCGGUGACACGUGCGAGGAAAUUCAACGACCCGGCCAAAACGUCGACGUUUCGGAUGGCGGUGAAUUGCCGCCACCGUCUGGAGCCGAAGAUGGACGCGUUCUACUUCGGCAAUGCGAUUCAGAGCAUCCCGACGGUCGCGACCGUCGGAGACAUUCUCUCGCGCGAUCUGCGCUUCUGCGCAGAUCUUCUGCACCGUAACGUCGUCGCUCAUGAUGACGCUACGGUGCGCCGCGGAAUUGAGGACUGGGAGAGUGCGCCAAGGCUGUUUCCUCUCGGAAACUUUGACGGCGCGAUGAUCACCAUGGGAAGCUCUCCGCGGUUUCCCAUGUACGAAAACGACUUCGGCUGGGGCAGACCCGUUGCGAUUCGGAGUGGGAAAGCGAACAAGUUCGACGGAAAGAUCUCCGCGUUUCCGGGGAGAGAGGGAAACGGCAGCGUCGAUUUGGAGGUCGUUUUGGCCCCGGCGACCAUGGCGGGGCUCGAAAACGACAUGGAGUUUAUGCAAUACGUAACGCAAUUCGUUUGAAUAAGUUUGUUCAUGAAGUUUCGGCACAGUAGUAGUGAUAGUGAAAACUGGGAGGAGGGAGGGAGUGAAAAAAAAAUUAUAAGUCGGUGAUGAAACGACGGGGAAGGUGGGUGGGUGAUUGCACGACAAUAGUACCAUGGGGUGUGGGCGUCGUUUUGUGUCAGUCAAAGGUCAAACGUUCGGGGAGUGGGGUCUCUUUUUUAGGCUGUGUUUGAGUGUUUCGGUGGUUGGCCCAAAUGAUAUAAUGGUUUUUCUGUACGUGAUUCCGGGGAGGUUUUUCAGUCUUCACUUUUCAGGUGACCAAUAACAGGACGAAAUAAUAAUAUGGAUGAUGAUGAUGAUGAAAAAUGGAAAUUGGAAAAUAAAAGGGAAGUAUGUUGAAGCCAAAAUAGGCUUAUGGAAUUUGGAGUUUUUGUUUAGCUGUUUUGAAAGUGUUCGUUCAGUGUUGUUUUUUUUUCUUUGUAUACAAUUUAAUUUUUUUUAAUCUGAGAAUUGAGUGGAGAUAAGUUGAUAGGAA